UUGGAAGAUUUAUACUUGGAGAAAGAAGAAAUGGGAUGUAGAAAUCAAAAAGCAACUAAUGCUGCAAUGGCUGUUGUAAAAAAUCUAAUAGAAGGGCAUCCGAAAUAUUUCAUUGAACAAUGCGAGUGGAUUGUUCAAGACAAACUAGGCGAUCGCUUGGAUUCACUACAUAAACAGAAUAAAUUUUUGCAGGAAAAGGCAAAUGCCAAGUUCAAAGAAACUCGUCGAGGUAUAGUGGAACAAGAUUUUGUAAAAGCAUUUGAGGAUGUAAAACUUCAAUAUGUGGAUGAUGAAGAAUUGAAAACAAGGAUUAAUAUAGCCAUGGCAGCUGCUAUGGAAAAAUACCAAGAUUGUAAAGGUGGACCAGAAAAAGAGUUCUUACAAAACAAACAGCAACUCAAACAAGAUUUGGAAAACCACCGUAAUAAAGUUAACAAAACCAAUGAUACAAAUAAGGAAAACAUAAAUGAAAAACUGGAUUUAUUCUAUGUCCAAGUAACCACUGACUACGUAACCAAGAUGAACGAGAUAACGUCAGCUCGGUGUACAAGUAAUUUGGAAAACCUAAAGAAAGUGCACGACAAAUUUGUUACAUUGGUCACUGAUGAGAUGGAAAAAGCAAUUCCAUACAAAUCCAUUGCAACAACUGCCACAAAGACAUGCUGCGACGAAUUGGAUAAUCAAUGGAAGUUUAUAGAAACUGGAGCCACAGUAUUAAAAAUCGUUAAAGAAAGUGUGAUUAAUGUAGGUGCUACAUCUGCAGCAAUAGGUGGUGUUGCUGGAUUGCCUGGUAUGGCUGUUUUUGGUGUUGCUGGUACUUUGAUUGGUGCUGGUGUAGGUUUGGUAAAGGCAGCAUUGCCAUUUCGGUAUAAGUUAUCUAUUGAUGACAUUCCUGCACUGGAAUACUUGAAAUCUCUCAAACUGUAA